AGCAGUCAGUGACAGCCAGGGGCAGUCAGUGGUACUGAGGCCUUCACUGCACCAUGAGCAUCUCUCUGCUGAGCCUCAGCACUUUCCCAGGUGGCCUGUCCAGGCUCCUCCAAGGGGUAUCCCUGCUGGGCCUGCUGCUGCUGCUGCUCAAGGCAGCCCAGCUCUACCUGCACAGGCAGUGGCUGCUCAGAGCCCUCCAGCAGUUCCCGUCCCCUCCCUCCCACUGGCUCUUCGGGCAUAAGCAAGAGUUUUACAAAGACCGGGAGCUGCAACAGAUUCUGAAAAGGGUAGAGAAAUUCCCGAGUGCCUGUCCUCGUUGGCUAUGGGGAAGCAAAGUCCUUUUCCAAGUCUAUGAUCCAGACUACAUGAAAGUGAUUCUGGGGAGAUCAGACCAGAAGGCCCGUGAUGUCUACAGAUUGGUGACUCCAUGGAUUGGGCAUGGUUUGAUCUUGUUGGAAGGGCAGACAUGGUUCCAGCACCGCAGGAUGCUGACCCCAGCCUUCCACUUUGACAUCCUCAAGCCCUACGUGAGGCUCAUGGCAGACUCUGUCCAAGUGAUGCUGGAUAAAUGGGAGAACCUCAUUGAUCAGGACACUCCUCUGGAGAUCUUGGAACACGUAUCUGCAAUGACGCUGGACACCAUGAUGAGGUGCGCCUUCAGUUACCAGGGCAGCGGCCAGCUGGACAGGAAUAACCACUCCUACAUCCAGGCUAUUGGAAACAUGAAACUCCAAUUGUUUUCCCGCCUGAGAAAUGCCUUUUACCAGAAUGACAUCAUCUACGGGCUGACUCCUGCUGGCCGCCGGGCCCUCCACACCUGCCAGAUUGCCCAUCAGCAUACAGACAGAGUGAUCCAGCUGAGGAAGGUUCACCUGCAGGAGGCUGGAGAGCUGGAGAAGGUCAGGGGGAGGAGGCACUUGGACUUCCUGGACAUCCUCCUUCUGGCCCAAGCAGAGAGUGGGAGCACCUUGUCUGACCAGGACCUCCGUGCUGAAGUGGACACAUUCAUGUUUGCGGGCCAUGACACCACAGCCAGCGGCAUCUCCUGGGUCCUCUAUGCUCUGGCCACUCACCCAGAGCAUCAGCAGAGGUGCCGGGAGGAAAUCCAGAGUCUCCUGGGGGAUGGCACCUCCAUCUCCUGGGAACAUCUGGACCAGAUGCCCUACACCACCAUGUGCAUCAAGGAGGCCCUGAGACUCUACCCUCCAGUACCUGUCAUUACCAGAGACCUCAGCAAACCCAUCACCUUCCCUGAUGGGCGCUCCUUGCCCAAAGGUAUCUCGGUCUCACUGUCCUUUUAUGCCCUUCACCACAACCCGAAGGUGUGGCCAAACCCAGAGGUGUUUGACCCUUCCCGCUUUGCACCAGGUUCUACUCGACAUAGUCACGCUUUCCUGCCCUUCUCAGCAGGGUCUAGGAACUGCAUUGGGAAACACUUUGCCAUGAAUGAGCUGAAGGUGGCUGUGGCCCUGAUCCUGCUCCGCUUUGAGCUGCUGCCAGAUCCCUCCAGGGUCCCCAUCCCAAUGGCAUGUAUCGUGUUGACAGCCAAAAAUGGAAUCCACCUGCAUCUCAAGAAGCUCGGCUAACCCUGGUGGGGAGAAAGACAGGCUAUGAGGCCUCCUACUGGCUAUCUGGCCUUCUUGUCCCCUGCUCUGGUCCCUAGCCCACCU